UGUCAAACGAUACGAAGAAUCAAACUCAGAAGACUAGAGGACAAUGUGUGCUAGCACCAUUCGGGGAUGAGUGCUCGCAAAUACAUUCCCCUGGCCCUGGCCAUCGGGCUCGGGAUAGGCAACGGCUAUUAUGCGUUCAAACCAAGCCUGGAGGAGCAACACGACCGGAAGCAUACAGAUAUUCACAGUGCAUCCGGAUUGCCCUCGCAACAGCCACCGGAGCAGGGAGCGGUGAAUCUGUCCAGCGAAAACUCAAACUCGCCUGCAUCACCAUCAAUGUCUACCAACUCUCCUGGGAGGCCAAAAGAAACCAGCAAUUAGCAAGAACUGUGGAAACCGUCAUCCGUUACUCUGUCUCGGAAUAGACUAUGCCAUAUUCCUCUUUAUGACUUGCUGACGGUUGGAAUUCCGGACCCUCGACUUCUACCUCUAUCCCGGCCAGCUCCUGGAAAUGUACCUACCACUGUAUUUAUGUAGACAUAGAUCAAAUAACACAACUAAUUCGACGA